CCCUAAUCCUCCAUUAUCUGGUGUGCAAGCUGCAUAUCUUUUCUCAUCUCACAACCUUAUCUCUAGAACAAAGCUUGAAAUGGCCAGGCGCAGUUCCGUAGCUUCGGGUGCCCUCCUGCUCCUUUGUUGUGCGACGUGGGUCUCGGCCACCGAUUACUCCGUCGGCGAUUCCUCCGGUUGGAAGCUCGACUUCGAUUACACUACAUGGACUAGCGGCAAAUCCUUCGUCGUCGGCGACAAUCUUGUCUUCAAAUACGCCGCCUCGCAGCACAACGUCGAGAAGGUGAACGCCGCUGCCUACAACGCCUGCUCGAGCAGCAGCCCCAUUAGCAGCGACAACAGCGGCAAAACGACGAUCAACCUGGACACCUCCGGCAAGCACUAUUUCAUCUGCGGGAUAUCCAACCACUGCACCCAAGGCAUGAAGCUGGAGGUCGACGUCGCAGAGUCAUCCCCCACCUCACCCUCACCUCCAUCCAGCUCCACCACCAACACCACCAACAACAACAAUUCCGGCGCCGGGAGCCUCUCGCCGGUGCACGCCACGGUCGCCUUCAUGGGGCUGGUGGUGCUCAAGCUCGGCGUCUUCUAGGCUUGGCCAGGAAAGAGACAGUGCUGUAACUACUACUCCAUUGCGUCGUUUCUUCCGUAUUCAUCACUCGUUGCAUUAGAGAAUAAGAGAGUGUUUUUUCUAUAUGGUGAUUGUUGAUGCUUCUUUUGAUUUAUUUGGAGUGGCAGUGACUUUUCUUUUAUAUGGGAAUGAUGAUUUCAAAUGAUAAUA